AUGAAAGAAUAUCAUGAUCUUUUGGUCCAUACCGUAUAUGAAAGACAUCCGAUUUCAGUGACAGGAUGCUAUCCUUUAAGAAUGAAUCUUACAGCCGUGUCUAAUAAGAUUAAAGAUAUCUUUUUUGUGGCUAUUUAUGAUUCUAUUUUCGCGUACCGGCUGAGCUCAUACAAUGACGAAGAUGAUACACCAAAAAAACCAUUCAAAAAACUCAACCGUCCUAUAGAUCCAACUUCUCAUGAUGAUGAGGAGCAGCAUAUAAUUAAUGCUAUUAAAGUGGGCGAGAUUGGGUAUGAGGAAGUGCUUGUUAGCGUUGACGAAUCUGGCGACAUUCAUGUUUGGUAUACCUCAAACCUUGAAAAAAAUCCGCUACAUUUCAAAAAUAAUGAGUCCACGUGGGGUGUAGCGCUUCAUGGUCCAAGGCGGCUAUUGGCGGUUAGUGCUAAUUCACAUGAAAUCACAAUUUUCAACCUCCAAUACGGAUUACAACCAUUAGCAAAAUUCUCUGAUAGUCAGGACAUGAGUUGCAGGCCAAAAUAUUCACUUCGUGGUCAUAGGCAUAAUGUACCUAAUAUAUCGUUUAGUUCUUGUGGCCAAUUUUUGGUUUCGUGCAGUAUCGAUAGAUCAUGUCGAAUUUGGAACGUUAAUACUGGUCAAACUAUAGUUUUUCAAGAAGUUUCUAGUGAAUGGGGCUGGUCUGCAUGUUUUGUUUCCACAUCAAAUUUCAAGAAUGCAAAUAAUACGUCACGGAAUUUUCGUACACGUAAAGAUGUUAAUGACCGAUCACGAAGUCGUAUUGGUCGUGUAUAUGCAGGAUCAGAAUCAGAAAGAGAUGAAGAUUUACAUCCUAUAACUCCUGCUAUCAGAUUUUUACCUUUGGAUACUGAAUAUGAAGAUGGAUAUGACGAAAGUACAGAAAUAACAACUUUAGUUUAUAAUGAUUAUGGAGCAAUCGAAACAAUUGAAACUGAGGACGAAGAAAAUGAAUCUAACUAUUCGGAUGCCCAAAGAUCGAAUAAUAAUAACGAAAGUGUAUCGUCAGAUGAUUCGGAUCAUGAUCAUGGCUCGCAUACCCCUAUUCCGGAUGAGAUGUCAGAUGAAGAAUGGUCACCAAGCGCCGAAACUCGAGAUAUAUAUAGUAAUAAUCCUAGCGUUCAAAAUGGAGAUGAAAUACUAUUAUCCGAACGCACGGAGAAUGGAAACAUUUCAACAUAUUCACCAAGAUAUCCGUCACCCAUUGUUUACAUCAGCCAUUUUCCAUCAGCCCCGAUAGCUCAACAAAUUUUGCCGGAAGUUUAUUUCUCUAGCAAUUCCCCAGCGUAUUCUCCAGCGACGCCUCAAUAUAUGCUAGAACCAAGUUCUUCAACAGCAUAUGGUCUUGGACAAAAUUUAUCGCAUACACCACCGACAGCUUAUUCACCUCCACAGCCAACACCAUCGAUUAAUGACAUUCCCACGUCUCAGGAGCAAGUAACUGCAGCAUUUUCAUCGUCGUCCUUUAAUUCUGAGCAUAUUAGACCGGAAUCUCCUGUUUAUUCUCCGAUGUCACCAGAAUAUUCACCGAUUAAUACGAACUACACUCCAGAAUCACCACAUUAUGAUCCAAUGUCGCCUCAAUAUACACCCACAUCUCCAAGCUAUAAUCCUACUUACGCACGUCCAAGAGCCCAAGAUUUUUUUGAUGAUUUUCCUGAUAACUCAUAUGGAAAUGAACCGCCAUCACAACUGUACAGUCAUUUAGAUGAACAGUGGGAGAAUCAUCGAUCACAAUCUUUGAACCGGAGAAUAAAGAGUGGAGUGAAUCGUUUGGAGAUGCAUAAAACGCAGAAAGGACGAGUUCCUAAGAUCUCUCAGGACCUUGUGUUAUUUGGCACGCAACAUGAUUUAUUUCUUCUCGAUCCUAAAUCUGAUUUGACUAUUCUGAGUUCAUUAUUGAGCGUCGUAUGUCGGAGUGAUCCAAGAAGAGCGAGACAUUUGGAUUCAAAUGAUCGAUUAAACAUGAUCGAGUGGAUCCCCGAUCUCUCACUCGCAAUUGUCGCAAGUCAGAAAGGAAAGGUUGCAUUGGUUCGACUUCUCAAAGGGAUUAGUGUUAGAGGGAUUGAACAUUAUUCUCUUCAUGACGAAAAACUCAUACCCCAGACUCCUUUACCAAACGCACCAUUGAUAGGAAUGUUUGUCGUAAAAAAUGAUAAUCUGCAAGAUCCUUCUUUGUAUUUCUAUAAUCUUUACUUGACAUAUGCAGAUGGUAGCAUGUAUUGCUAUGAAAUAAGAAGGAAAGAACAAACAAAUGACUUAAGAUUAGACAACAUUUGGAUAUAA